AUGCUGACAGAUGAUACAGCUGAGGAGAAUCACAACAAAGUCGACUUAGCUACUCACCGGAGUCUUGUAAUGGACCGUCUUCACCGCUUCAAACCAUCUUUAUCACAAAUACCGGAGUACUUCCCUACCGGCCACGACGAAGCAGAGUCUUUGUUCGAUGAAAUGCUUCAAAAGAGCGUCACACCGAAGGAUGAUAUAGCCUUGCUUUUCUGUGGAAGUGGCGACGCGAGACACGUGUUUGCAACAAUCUUGUCUACAGCGUCUAGAGAACGUUUGAUAGAGACCAAACUGUGCAGAAACAUCCACUUCACCAUGGUAGACCACAGCCCUCCCGUAUUUGCGAGAAAUCUUCUUAUGUUCGAGAUGCUGAGUCACUAUUGGGUCCUUAAGUCCCAGAACGCGCCAGGGUGUGAGGAUAUGACGUCUGUGAUGGCAUAUAUCUAUACGUGCCAUCUUAUUCCGCCCUUUGUAUAUGAGAAGGCGUUGGAGUACAUCGACCAUUUGCUUAGCAAAUUGGGCCACGGUAAAUUAUUAACUCCUGGCUUGUUGUUGGCUUCGAAGGAUAUUCCUGCUGUUACACAUGUUCUCAGGCAGUGGAGACAAGGACUAGGUUCGGAGUACUGUGUUGCAGAUGUUCGCACUUACCUAAGCCAAGCUGUUGAUACACAUGGAUUCUUAGCCAUGGCUUUUGACCAAGCCAGAGCGGGGGAGUUUGAUCGCAAAUCCUUUAAAAGUUUAGGGGUUCUCUUUUCGACUCACAGUUUUGUUGAGAACCGAGAACCUGCCAUUUAUAAUCUGAUCGAUGGGUUUAGUCGGAACAACGAAAUCCAGGAAAUAUCCGCAUAUAUCAACGACAACUGGAAAAUCAACCCAACUCUUUUUGACCUUGACCUUGAGAAUCUUCGAGGUCAAGAAUACGGCCUCUUCACAACUUUAGAGUUCUUGCCAAUGUCUAUUGUGAAUAGAUUCGAGAGUGUCGUCGAGACUCCCGGUCUGACUAUUCCAGAUUUUGGACAAAUACUGGAUAACCUAGGCCAUGCAUUACUCAACUUGGAACAUAGGCUCACGAUUGAGCUUAUAAUUGGCGAUAUGGCAGAUGUCAUGGAUCGCAUUCGGUAUGAUAUCUUGGACCAUCGCAUGGGAAUGUCUGUAUCCAAGCAAUAUCCCAAAGUCUAUGACCGUAUUCACUUGAGUAACAUUCCGGACUAUGUUGGUGGGCCUCUGACUGUAUUCACUUGUUGCCCUGCACUUCUUAGUAAAGACAGAGCUUCUACACUACAAUUCCGAUGCCUACUCAACCCGUCAAGGUUCAGAGGCCACCAGGACUUCCAGAGCGAGUAUUUAAGUAUGUAUGAUAACGAUCAGAUUGCUCAGCACUUUCACCUUCGACGACAGCCUUCUGCAGCUGACUCGAACCCCAAACGCCAUGAACUCGCCGUUAGCACGAACGAGUAUCUCAGCGCUUUUCUUUUAGAGUACUAUAUGAUAUGGGAAUACCAAGAUGAAAGGCCGAUUCACGUUGACGAAGGACUAUCAAAGUCUAGCUUUGAGAAAUGGGUCUACUCAAUACUGCUCAAGAUCUGUUUGCCCUAUGAGCGUACGCUGAUCAGCGAUCGGCCGGUGGAGUCACCAUUGAACCUGACGCAGUUCUUUCGGCUCUUGGUACACCUGUCUGAGAUUGGAUACCCUGCUCAUUGGCUGUCCAAUAUCAUCAGGACGGCCUGCUCGGGGACAAUCAACACAACUGCUCGCGCUCCUUGUGAGCUUAUUGCAACGCCCGAGGUUCUUGACCUAGACCAUCCAAACGAAAUACUGAACCUGCAGCCUUGGACCUAUGAGCUGACUACCUUGUUGAGCAUCUGGUACAACCUCUUACCGUUUGAACAUAUCCCAAUAUCAAAUUGCAUUUCACCACUCUCUGCAAUUUCCCAGUACAGUGUUACAUUCCCUAGCUUUAGGAGUGGGAAUCUUUAUCUACCUCAUUUCAUGAUUCUGUUCUGGAAUGUAGAGACAGCUCCGCAGCCUCCUACAGACAUAAGGCAUCUUUUAUUGAACCAACUAAGCGCUACGACAGCAACGCAUCAUAUUCACAUUGUCACAUGUUUCCAGCAUAACAUCCACAUCAACACGUCUACGUUUUGGCUACGAGAUGAUGUUGUUGAAACUAUAAAGUUAGGAAGCUGGAAAGUAUACAUUGCCAGGACUGACAGUUGGGUUGUCGAAAGCCAGGGUGUUGAGGUUUCUAAUGGAUUGAUAAAGCUAGAGCGGUGGUUAUAG